GACUCACAGUCUCACAACAGACUAAUGGUAGUAGUAGGCUAGUAGCAGAUUUCAAGUAAGGAAGAAAGAUGGGGAGAGAGAAGCAUUUUUAUUUAUAUAUUUUUUUCUCGCAGUGAUCGAUCCUUUUGGUUUUGGGUGUAUCAUCUAUGGAUGGAUAUUCGAUUCGAUAGAUAGAUAAAUCAUUGAGGAGAGACGAGAGUGAGGAAACAGGGAUAACAAGGUGAGAAAAAAAAAAGGCUCUUUUGAUCAAAAAAGAAAAAUAAAAGGGCGCUCUGUAAUCUAUCUGAUAUCACCCUUUUCUUGUCUUCUUCCUUUUGAUUCAUCUUUACUCUUACUAGACCCGAUCUACCCUUUUGUCUUCUAUGACUACAGAGUGAAUACAACAAAACUCUUCUUCUUUAAUUUCUUUUUUUUGUUUUUUUUUAAUUUUCUUAAAAGGAAAGCAAAAAACAGAGGGCGAUAGACAGACUUAUUUAUAUAUAUACAGAUAGAUAAAAGAUUAUAGAGGAAGAAAGAAUAGCAUCUCCGGUUAUUUCUUUAGUUUAGUCAGUCCCCACCUCCAAAAAUGGGUACUGGUUGGCGGAGAGCCUUCUGUACAUCAAUCCCUCGAGACCCAGAUAACACAGUCGCAACAGAGAAGCAGCAACGAGGCCCCAGUCCCAGCCCAAGCCCCAGAAGCUGUACCAAAUUCGGCCUUUUUCUGUCCGGCGGUAGCAACCCUUCCACACCCCGACUUCACUCUAAGUCCAUUUCUUCGACGCCGCGCUUUCAAUCCAAUCCUUCCACCCCACGCUUGCAGUCUCAACCCGUUUCAACCCCGAGCUUGCGCUGCCGAACGACCGCCCCUGCUACUGUGCCGGCACCGUCUUCGCACGACACCCCCAGACUCCAAUGCAAUACUACUACGGCGACGACAAAGAGCCCCGGACUCUUCCAUGCUUCGGACGCGUCGUCUCCCAGAUCGCCUUCCAGAUUUGCUCUCUUCAAAUCCAGCUUACGACUCUCCCGAAAUGGUUGCGGAAUCUGCUUGCAGAGCGUGAAGUCGGGGCAAAGAACCGCCAUUUUCACGGCGGAGUGUUCUCACGCUUUCCACUUCCCGUGCAUAGCUUCCCACGUUAAGAAGCACGGCAGCCUCGUAUGCCCCGUCUGCAAUGCCAACUGGAGAGAAGUACCUUUGCUGGCCGUCCACAAGAAUCUACAAUCAACAGAUGAAGAUGUAGUAGAUAAUAAACAAGACAAAACUCACGGUGCAGUGAAUAAGCUGCAGGAGAAGAGGCGAGAAUCCAUCACUCCUCGUGACGUGAAGACCAAGUACAAUCAGCAAUCCAAACCGUCUGAUUCAAGAGUUUACGACGAUGACGAGCCACUGCUCUCUCCAACGGCCGGUGCGAGGUUCGUUCCGAUACCGGAAGCAGACGAGAACGAGGGCGAAGAAGAAAAUGACGUGGAUGAUGAGAUCGAUGAGUUUCAGGGAUUCUUCGUGAAUCCGAUUCGUUCGUCUUCGUACAAGGAAACAGAUGAAACGGCAAUCAAUACCGGCGUCCUGAGAAAUGUCGAGGUUCGAAUGCUACCAGAGGCUGCCGUGGUCUCUGUCGACCGAAGCCACGAGACUUACGUGGUGGCACUGAAGCUGAAGGCUCCUCCAUCCUCGGCGCGCAAUAGCAAUACGACGUCGGCGCUGCUGGACCCUGGGCGUCGUGCGCCAAUCGAUUUGGUCACAGUGCUCGAUGUUAGUGGAAGCAUGACCGGUGCCAAGUUGCAGAUGCUGAAACGCGCCAUGCGCCUAGUUAUAUCGUCGUUGGGCUCCUCCGAUCGGCUUUCCAUUGUGGCUUUCUCGGCAAGUCCCAAGAGGCUUAUGCCGCUGAGGAGAAUGACGGCUAGCGGGCAGCGCUCCGCGCGGCGCAUCAUUGACCGGCUGGUCUGCGGCCAGGGCACCAGUGUCAGCGACGCCCUGAGGAAGGCCACAAAGGUCCUUGAAGAUCGCCGGGAGAGGAACCCCGUGGCGAGCAUAAUGCUACUAUCGGACGGCCAGGACGAACGGAUAUCGAACAACUCGGCCAACCGACGGUGCCCGACCUCCUCGAACGUGUCGUCGACGCGAUUCGCCCACCUCGAGAUCCCGGUUCACGCGUUCGGCUUCGGAGAAAACGGUGGCAGGCACAGCCAUGACCAUGAACCCGCAGAGGACGCCUUCACCAAGUGCGUUGGCGGGUUAUUGAGCGUUGUCGUGCAAGAUCUACGAAUACAACUCGGGUUCUGUCCCGGCUCUGCUCCCGCCGAGAUAUCCGCCGUGUAUAACUGCAGCGGACGUCCAACGGUGUUCCGGUCCGGGUCGGUUCGGCUUGGCGAUCUCUACGCCGAGGAGGAGAGGGAGUUACUGGUGGAGCUGAAAGUUCCGGCGGCUGCUGCCGUGGGGGCCACCCACCACGUAAUGUCCGUCCGGUGCAGCUACAGGGACCCGGCCACGCAGGAACUGAUCAACGGGAAAGAACAUGCACUGUUGAUACCCAGACCACAAGCCAUCCGAUCAUCAUCCCCGAAGAUCGAACGGCUGAGGAACUUCUACGUGAGCACUCGUGCCCUGGUGGAAGCUCGACGCUUGGUGGAGAGGAAUGAAUUAUCGAGUGCGUAUAACAUGCUGUCUUCCGUUCGAGCGCUGAUGAUGCAAUCCACGAGUUCUAUCUGCGCCGAUGAAUAUUUGCGCAGCUUGGAAGCCGAGCUAGCCGAGCUGCAUUGGCAGUUACAGAUCCAAAGGCGUAGUGGUGGACCUGGUGGUAGAGGCACUACUGAGAGGGAAGCGAUCUACGUGGACGAAAACGGGGAGCCGCUUACGCCGUCGUCGGCUUGGCGAGCAGCGGAGCGGCUCGCCAAAGUAGCCAUUAUGAAAAAGUCGUUGAAUAGAGUGAGCGAUUUGCACGGCUUCGAGAACGCAAGAUUCUAAACCUUUUAAAAAAAAAAAAAAAUUAUUUAUAUAUUAAAAAAUGCCGUAUAUUUAAAAAAAAAAAGAAAGCUGAACUACUGAAAGAGGGGCGGCCCAGGGAGGAAGAAAGGCGACAAGCAGUAGAAGACGGUAUGGCGCUUUCUCCAGACUCUCCAGAGGGUUAGGGUCAGGGGGGAGGGGAUAGAAAAAGAGAGAAUGAAAAAGGAAAAGAGGAACCCCACAGAAUUUUGGGGGAGAGCGGCUUCCAUUGUCUCCUGUCCUCCCCUCCGGUUUUUAUCUUCUUUUCAUUUAAAAAUUUCAUUUUUAUCAAAAGAAAAACAAACCAGACAGGGGAAGGAGAUGGAUGGGUAUGGAUGUAUUGUAUUUUGUAAGGUGGGGAGAUGGGAACUGGGAAGAUAAAAAUGUUCUUCUGUAAAUGCGUGUAAUGGUAAUGGAUGGAUGGUUCUUAAUUUA